CAUAUUCUAACAUUUUGCCAUCGGGUGCACCAGGAUGCAUCAUUAUUAUUAUUAUUAUUUUUGAAGAAAUGAAUUUAUAUUACUCUACCUCCUACGUCGGAUUCCAGCUGCUAGUGAUCGUCCCCAUGCCAUGCCGUCCGCGCACUUGAAUCAAUUUUCUGGUACGUAAAAUACCUGCAGUCCAAGCGAAAACCCUCCAAUCGCAUCAUUAUAAAGACUAAAUCCUAACGCCCAUCAAAAACCCUCACUCGUCACUUCGUAACGGAGAAAUAGGCAGAGGAUUUCAGCCUCAAUGGCAAGGUCAAUUCGUUUGACCUUCCUUCUUCCUCUCUUCUUCUCCCUGCUUUUUCUUUUCUCCCCAAUCUCCUCUCAAACCCCUGAGAUCAAUGUCUGGCCCAAGCCCACCAACGUCUCCUGGCCCGUCCCAAUCGCCAUUCCUCUCUCCCCCUCCUUCCACAUCCUCUCCCCUUACCCCAAUCACCGCUACCUCCGCCGCGCCGUCGCCCGCUACUCCCGCCUCCUCCUCUCCGAGCGCCACCGCCCCCUCGUCCCCCCCGUCGUCAACAUCUCCGCCUCCGCCGCGCCGCUCUCCGCCCUAGUUCUCUCCGUCGCCGACCCUUCCAUCCCUCUCCACCACGGCGUCGACGAGUCCUACUCCCUCUCCAUCGCUCCCCCUUCCUCCUCCGGCUCCGCCGCCAAUCUCACCGCCGCUACCGCCUGGGGUGCCAUGCGCGGCCUCGAAACCUUCUCCCAGCUGGCCUGGGGCGACCCGCCCGCGAUCCCCGCUGGGAUCUCCCUCUCCGAUCGCCCGCGCUUCCCCCAUCGCGGCCUCCUCCUCGACACCGGCCGCAGCUUCUAUCCCGUUUCCGAUCUCCUCCGCACCAUUCGCACCAUGAGCCACAACAAGCUCAACGUCUUCCACUGGCACCUCGCCGAUUCCCAGUCCUUCCCCCUCCUCCUCCCCUCCGAGCUCAACCUCGCCCUCAAGGGUUCCUACGGCCCCUCCAUGCGUUACUCCCCCUCAGACGUUCGCAAAGUCGUCCACUUCGCCAUGAGCCAUGGCGUCCGCGUCGUCCCCGAGAUCGACACUCCCGGGCAUACGGGGUCGUGGGCUGGAGCUUACCCCGAGAUCGUCACUUGUGCUAACAAAUUCUGGUCGCCGCCCGGCGGGGAGCCGCUGGCGGCGGAACCCGGCACGGGCCAGCUCAACCCGCUCAACCCCAAGACGUAUCAGGUCGUCCGCAACGUCCUCCGCGACGCCGCCGGCCUAUUCCCGGAGCCGUUUUACCACGCCGGUGCCGACGAGAUCAAUCCCGCUUGCUGGAAAGACGAUGAAGCGGUCAGGGACUUCGUAUCCACCGGUGGGACCCUGGACGAGCUCCUCGAGAUCUUCAUCAAUACCACGUAUCCCUUCAUCGUCGGCUUCAACCGCACCGCCGUCUACUGGGAGGACGUCCUCCUGAGCUCCGCCGUGAAGGUCGGACCCGGGGUGCUCCCCAAAGAGACCACCGUGCUCCAGACCUGGAACAACGGGCCGGAGAACACAAAGCGACUGGCCGCGGCCGGGUACCGCGUGAUCGUGUCGUCGGCGGACUUCUACUACCUGGACUGCGGCCACGGUGGGUGGGUGGGGAACGACAGCCGGUACGACCGGCAGGUGGCGGACGAGCCGGGGAAGCCGUUCAACUACGCCGGCGGGAACGGUGGGUCGUGGUGCGCGCCGUUCAAGAGCUGGCAACGGGUGUACGACUACGACAUCACGUACGGGCUGAGCGAGGAGGAGGCGGGGAGGGUGCUGGGCGGGGAGGUGGCGCUGUGGUCGGAGCAGGCGGACGGAGCGGUGCUUGACGGGCGGCUCUGGCCGAGAGCGGCGGCGAUGGCGGAGGCUCUCUGGUCGGGGAACCGGGACGGGGAGGGCAGGAAGCGAUACGCGGAGGCCACGGACCGGCUCAACGAGUGGCGCCAUCGGAUGGUGGAGAGGGGGAUCGGGGCGGAGCCCAUUCAGCCAUUGUGGUGUGUCAUGCAUCCCGGUAUGUGUAAUUUGGUCCUAUAGAAGGUAAGAUCGCUGCAAGGAAUGGGGAGUCAGUCGUUUGGACAACCAAUCAAUAAAUGAUGAAUAACACUGUGAAUUUGAAAUCAUAUUAUCCAUUCUUGGAUAAUUUUUUUCUAUUUCAUUGUUAAAUAUUUUAUUUUGUAAUUCCCACGGAUCUAUUUAUACUCAUAUGAUUUAAUUCAACCA